AUGCACCCUUUGGACAAGAGGAAGUGGGAAGCGGGUUGGUCGAGUGUCUCUCCCUCACCGCCAGAACUAAACAAAGACCUUAAUCUUCUCUUGCAGAACCAAAAAACAAAAGAACAGAUUGAAAGCUUGUUACAGAAUGGAAAGCAUAAAGAGUUACGGGAGCGUCUCUGCUGCAGGCUGACCUUUGGGACUGCUGGUCUUCGCUCUGCUAUGGGAGCAGGCUUUUGCUACAUUAAUGAUCUUACGGUGAUCCAGUCAACACAGGGGAUCUACAAGUAUCUUGAGAGGUGUUUUUCAGACUUUAAGCAGAGAGGCUUUGUUGUUGGAUAUGACACACGAGGUCAGGUGACCAGCAACUGCAGCAGUAAGAAACUUGCAAAGCUCACCGCAGCAGUCCUACUGGCUAAAGAUGUACCUGUAUACUUCUUUUCCACGUAUGUCCCCACACCAUUUGUGCCCUACGCUGUUCAGCAGCUCAAAGCUGUGGCUGGCGUGAUGAUCACAGCCUCCCACAACCGGAAGGAGGACAACGGAUACAAGGUUUAUUGGGAAAAUGGAGCACAGAUCACCUCUCCUCACGAUAAGGAAAUUAUAAAAUGUAUAGAAGAGUGCGUUGAACCAUGGAAUGGCUCUUGGAAUGAGAAUCUAGUAGAUACCAGUCCCCUUAGACAGGAUCCUCUGAAGAAAAUAUGUGACUGUUACAUGGAGGAUCUGAAGAAGAUCUGUUAUCAUAGGGAGCUAAACGUGCAAACAAAUUUGAAGUUUGUUCAUACCUCUUUUCAUGGAGUUGGACACGACUACGUGCAGUCGGCUUUCAAAGCAUUUGGCUUUCAGCCCCCCAUUCCAGUACCUGAACAAAAAGAUCCAGAUCCAGAUUUCUCUACUGUCAAAUGCCCAAAUCCUGAAGAAGGAGAAUCUGUGCUGGAGUUGUCACUGAGGCUUGCAGAGAAAGAAAAUGCUAAAGUAGUAGUGGCCACUGAUCCAGACGCAGAUAGACUAGCAGUGGCAGAACAGCAGGAAAAUGGCUGCUGGAAGGUGUUCACUGGCAAUGAGCUAGCAGCUUUGUUUGGGUGGUGGAUGUUUUCUUGCUGGAAGGAAAACUGCUCCGAAGAUGCUGAUGUGCAGAAUGUUUACAUGUUAGCGACCACAGUCUCGUCGAAAAUUUUGAGGGCGAUUGCACUUAAAGAGGGAUUUCACUUUGAAGAAACACUCCCUGGUUUUAAAUGGAUUGGAAGUAGAGUAAAAGAUCUCCUAGAUAACGGAAAAGAAGUUCUCUUUGCAUUUGAAGAGUCUAUUGGCUUCAUGUGUGGCACGUCAGUGUUAGAUAAAGAUGGUGUAAGCGCAGCCGUGGUCAUAGCUGAGAUGGCAACCUACCUGGAGGUCAAGAACCUAACACUAGCACAGAAACUCAUUGAGAUAUAUGAAAUGUAUGGAUAUCACAUAUCAAAGACUUCCUAUUUCUUGUGCUAUGAUCCUCCUACUAUCAAAAGGAUAUUUGAGAAACUUCGGAACUUCGAUGCCCCUCAGUCUUAUCCAAAAUUUUGUGGUAUUUACAAUAUAUUACAUGUACGAGAUAUUACCACUGGCUACGAUAGCAGCCAGCCGAAUAAGAAAUCGGUGCUGCCAGUGAGUAAAAGCAGUCAGAUGAUCACCUUUACAUUUCAAAAUGGUUGUGUUGCCACCCUUCGGACAAGUGGAACAGAACCAAAGAUCAAGUACUACGCAGAGAUGUGUGCGCUGCCCGAACAGAGUGACAGAACCGUGCUGGAAGAAGAACUUCAGAAGCUUAUUGAAGCUUUGAUUGAGAAUUUUCUUGAACCUGAUAAGAAUGGACUGAUCUGGCGCUCUGCUUAGAUCUCCUCUAACUGGUGUUCAAAGAAAUGACCGCCUGCACUGCGUCAUAUGAAACGAAGGAACCAAGAACAGAACUCAGUUUAAUACGUGUGCGUGCGUGUAUGUGUGUUAAACAGCUACAGUUUUAUUCUAUAAAGAAGCAGCAUUCUUUUGUCAGGCUUUUCACCAAAGUCUGGGCUAGAAAAUUGGGAUAAGGAGAGGAAGUGAGAGGAAAGGACGGAAUUUAUUAGUACAGUUUCCUGUCCUUUUGACCAAGAGACUAAUUAACCCACGCCAAUGCAAAUGAACUGCCCUAGUGGGUUUAAGACAGCUGAUCUUAGCCAGUAGAUCUUGUCUUAAACUAAUUUCAAGUACCCAAUACCUUUUGUGUGAAAAGGCUUUAAAAUGGGGUAGUCAUAGCAUUUGAAGGAAGCGAUCACUUCAAACUGACAAAAAAGCCUGCUUCUUCCUAGCUGUUGGGCGUGAAUGUAGGCAUCAUUGUUACAGGUCUUAAUUUCCAAAAAUGUUGAAGUGGAGUUCGGUUCAGUGCUUAGCAUUUCUUGUUUAGGCAAGUUGUUCAAUAUGACAUUUUUCAGCUACUUAAGUAUCCUUCUGUUGUUAAAGGUGCUCUUGGUGCAUUGUAUCUUUCCUGUGUGUAUCUUAAAAUAUUUACUUGGCAGUGAAACAAUAGUGGCAACACAUGCAGUUCCACUUGCAGUCUGGGUUUUGGGCUGCAUAGUGCCUUUCCAAGGCUUCCAAAGGAGCAGAAACUCGUUCGUUCCUUGGUUAAAUUGCCCAUUCUAACUACUGUAGGCUUUGUAACCAUUUUUUGUCCUGCAUCCCUGAAGGGACUUAAGCUUUUUUUUUAUAAAGGUUUCAGAAAUUCAGUAACUUUGAAAAUUCCAGUUAGUGACUUCUUUGGUUUUUGAUGGCUUGAACUCAUACUGUCUGUGUAUUUAAAAAAAAAAGGAAGAAAGUGGAAGUGAGAUGCUGACACCCUUGAUUUUUUAACUAAAUGGUGAUUUUUUUUUUUUGUUUUAUCACAUCUUGUAAACCAAUUUCUGUUAGAACAGCAGUUUGCAAAUAGUAUUAUUCUUUACCUUUUAGGGCAGAUUUUUAACAGCUUCCCAUUAUCUGUUUCCUACCUUUGCUUGAGCAGAAAGUGAUACUGCUAAUCGCUUUCUGAAAAAAAUAGACUGAUACAGACAUUCUCAUGUAGAUAUCUAUGUUUUCAGAAAAUAAAAGCCAUGUUUUGGCACAGAAAAGCUGUGGAAGAAGUAGAUAAAACUGAACACAACCUCUGCAGUGAAGGUUACAUGAGGAGCGCCUAAGAUGCUCUUAAGUUCAAGCCAUUGUUUUGCCACUGUUGUUAAAUCUCUAAAUUUGUUCUCCAUCUUAUUAUACCCUUACAGCUUGAUGCCACAGGAUUGCGCAGAGUGGGUUUGUAUGUGUUGCAGCUAGUUGGCUUUAAAGAGCACCAAGGGUUCUGUGUCUGUGCGGGUAUUGGGUAUUUCAUGCUGACAGAAGCUUUGCACUAUAACCGUGGAUACGUAUUUUGCUGUAUAUGAAUGUACAUGUACUGCAGAAGGUCUGUGUUGCACAAAUUCUUAUUUGCCACCGAUAUUUAUUUAUUUUUUAUUUUAAGAGGAAGUAUUUCCAAAUUGUUCUGCAAUUGAGUGAAAUGUAUCUAAUGCCAAAAACCUCUUUUUUUUUUUUCCUUAAUUGUACAUUUGACUGAUGUGGGGAAAACGAGUGAAAGCAUUUACGCUUAGAGUAUACUCUGUUAUUGUACAGCGCUGGGUAGGUCUCAGAAGGUGUGAAGGCAUUUCUGACUGCUGCUUUGUCUUUGGUUUUCACGAAAAGGUGCAGAUCUGGAUCCCGACUGCACUGAAUUUGAAGGAGGUGUUGCCGCUUGUUCCACUGGCAGCAGAUUAAAGCCUUAGGCGUUUUGGAUUUUGUUUUUAAAUAGCCUACUAGUCGUUCAGAAGAGAACAAGCGACUUGGAACAUUAUUUUGAACAAAGGUGAACACUGUGAAAAGCGUAGUGUGCGAUGAGACCUGCUGUGUGUAUAUUGUAGCAGUUAGCAUUAGGAGUUAUGUUUGUGCUCCUACAAAGAGCAGGAAUCCCCAAUUUCCCAGAGAGAUCUGCUUUAUAUCAGUAGGCAAGUGUUAUAAAUGCAGUAUGGAAGAAAAUUGUGAUUAUGUUUUCAAAUCAGCAUUCUUAGAAGUUGGUAACUGUUCAUAGUCUAAAUAUCUUUGAUAAAAAACAAAUACAGGGAGUUACGUAUCUGGGAUUCUUCUCAUCGAUGGAUUUGAGCAGUCAGUUAUAGACAUAGUAGUGCUUUUGGAAUGACAGCAACAGGCACAAUGUGUUGAAUGUACUUUAAGGGUAUAAUAACUAUUGCUGGUUUUAAACUGCUGCUACUGUUUUCCUACUGUAUUUGAACCGUUUGAUAUAUUUAUACUGUUCCAUUUGUGGAACUCCUCCUUUAUCUCCUCCCUCUGAUCUUGCUUCCCUUACUUCUGUUACUGUGAAGGACUCUAGUUCUCUUAUUUCAUUGCCCUGUAGCUUUGUUAUACAUCGUGUUGGAGCUUGUUGGGCUUGUGCACAACCUUCUUUCAGUUGUCAGCUGUUCUUUAGUACUUUUCAAAUGAGAACAAAGGCUUUUCAAACUUGAGUAGGAAGCAGAGAAUAGAUCAAAGUACCUUGCGGAUGUUGUUUACUAGGCGCUUCCAGUUAAAAUACACCUUUUCAAAGGUUGGUCUACAGCAGGUCAUCGACUGUAUGAUUACAGUUUAAGCCAAUGAUUUGCUUUUAGCAUUUGAUAAAACUAGGGGGGCUUGUUUCUGUCUUUUCCCUUUUUGAUGUGACAGGCUUAACCUCUGUCUUACUCAGAUAUGUGGUAAAGUUGUGUUUCCGUGCGCCUAGGAUAGGACCUUUAUAAGUACAGGAGGCUUGCCAGGCAAGUUUGAAUGUCUACGAGACAGAGCUUGUAGCCAAGUUUUUUAUUCCAGUUGUGAUAGAGCGUCCAGUCUGUAGUUUAAAUAGCUUCAAGUGCUAUUCAUGUCUCUCCUCCUGCAACUCUAAAGGAUGCUUCCUGCCACGGCAUGAGCGAAAUCAUAAACUCUUGCGUGGAAGAGAAGGAGGGAGCGUGUUUAACACGGGGGAGUUUGGCUGGAAGCUCCAAGUACAACUCUAGCUGUAGCCCAAAGUAGCGUAGCCCCUGCUUUGUGUUUGCCGUUGGCGCGGUGUCCUGUUCAGAUGGUGAGCCGGUUCUGCUUCACCCGGCCUUCCCGUCACUUGCAUCCCCAGCAAGAUGCAACUCGAAGGAGCCAGGCUUCCCUUGGGCUGCAGGAGAACUGGGAUCUUGCCUGAGUAGGUCUCCUAAUUUCCUUUAAUCUUAAAUACCUGGUUCUUCCUUUUAAGGAGGGGAAAUGCUUAUUUGUGUCAUCCACAGACUAAAUUAAGAAUUAAAACUCUCUGUGUUUCUGUUUCAGACGUUGAGGUGACUUACAACAUGCAGUACACACUGCCUGGGGCUCUGACCUGCCUCGGGCAGUUCUUGACUAAUCUCAAGCUGUUGCUGUAUCUUUGCUUGGAGGAUACCUGCAUGUUGAAAUUUCUGGCGUUACUCCCUGAUUUAGCGGUACUCAAGUAGCACUUUGUGUCCCCUCUUUGGCUCCUGAAGUAUUAGGGAUUUCAGUUUCUGCUUUAUUAAAGGGAGGGUGUUCGUGCGAAACUAUCCGAGUACUGAGGGAGAAGCCACAAGGUGGAAUGAUGGUUUCUGUCAUUUGGGGCAGGGUGGAACGUGUGGUCUGCUUUAGAAAGCACUUCCAAAAGCUUUAGAAAACACUUGGAUAUUCUCUUCAAUUGUAAAACUAUUAUUGUCAUCACUUUGUUUUGUCUUUCCCCCCCUUUUUGCCCUCUUCUCUCCCCAAGUAAGAGAGGGGGGCUCUUUGCGUGGUGAUGCCUGGAUGAUCAGAGUCCAUCCUGACACCAAAUUCCUGGUGCGCAGCACGUUUUCCAUCCUCCCCCGCCCUUUGCGUGCUCAAGAGUAGCUUUGUAUGAGGUGAUUGAAGUAUCUGAAGUUGCAUCGUUCUCCUUGUCUAGAAUCCUGGGGAGUUCUGGAUCUGUACUCCUGUUUACCCAGUGUCUGUUCUUCUGUAAAACUAGGGCAUAUUACAAAUACAGAGUGAGAAUUUGCACUUUCCUGAAGUAUUUCUCUGUGUAUUGCUAUGUGGAUUUAGCUGAAUGAAGUGUUAUAAGUAAUAAAAUAUUCUCUUCGUAGUAGCAA